AUGAGAAAAGAUGGGAGUUUCAUGAGACUCAAUGCUGGUUUAGGUGAGAGUACUAAUGGUAGCAGCCUCCAAGAUAGUAGUGGUGGUAGUGAUAGAAUUAACGAUGGUCGUGAUGAAGGUAGUGAAGGUGGUAGUGGUGAUGGUGAUGCAAUAUGGGACUCUCUUCCUCAUGAAAUCCUAACCCACGUUUUCCUACGCCUACCCAUCAAAUCCAUCAUCACUUGCACCUCUGUCUCCAAAACAUGGAAAUCCCUCAUCCAAAACUCCUCUUUCAUUUCCACUCAUCUUCUCCACUCCUCCAACAACAACAACCUCCACCUCUUCAGACUCUGCCCUAAGCCUCUCGCCAAAGCAGUCAAACAAUUGAAACGAAUCGGAGACGAAAAAGAAGUCUACGCUUUACAUUGGGACGACAACACCAAUUUCCAUCAAUACACCAGCUUUGACGACUUCCCUUUCCAUGGCCAAAGCGCUACUGGAGUAUUCCGCGUGGUUGUCUGGAACCCUUGUGUUAAAAAAUACGUGAAACUUCCUACCCCCAAUUUCUCCUUCAUGACUACCGGUCCCUACACCGCGGUUGUUGGGUUUGGGUUUGAUUCCAAAACCAAUGACUAUAAGGUGGUCAGGUAUGUCACUCCUGAAUACAAUGUUGGUCUGCCUAUGCCUACAGGCUUUUGUCAAUGGGGCUUUGCAUUUGGUCUCUACUUUGUUUUGGUGUUUGAUUUGGAGGAUGAGGUCUUCCGUGAGAUACCGCUGCCUAAGCAUUCCGAUUUGUUAUAUUGGAGGUGGGUAUCUAUUAUGGCAUUUGGGAAUUCCAUUGCGCUGCUCGAACCUGGGUAUGUUCUUCACACUCUCGAUAUGUGGGUGUUGAAAAACUAUGCAGAUGCAUCAUCAUGGACCAAAAUUAUAAGUUUGAAUGCUCAAGUGGACAUAUCAAGGCCAUUUCAUUACAGAGAGAAAAUACCUUGUGCAAAAGCUUUUAGGAAGAGUGGCGAGGUUAUAUUGGAAACAUAUAAAAAAAAAAAAAAAAGGCUCGUCUCGCGAAACCUUGAGACCCAAGAGGUUAAAGACCUUGGGAUUACUGGAUCUAAGUAUAGUUUUGUUGAUCCUUAUGUUGAGAGUCUAGUUUUGCUAGACAAACCCGACCUUGCAGUUACUUACUAAGGGAAAGUAAUAGGAACAACAACAGGCAAGGACGUUGAGGAAUCAUGGAUGCUGAUGAGCUGUACAUAAGUAACAAACUUUAACUCAGUGAAAGAAAAGAGUCAACAGAGUUUCUUGGUGUUGUGUAAUUAGUAUUGGCAUUAGUUAUUAUGUCAAAAUGGAUUGUAGUUAUAACUUUAGAGGAGUUUAUUUUGUUAAACUAAUUUGGGCUACACCACUCUUAUGUUAGUUUUUCCGGAUGAUGUGAAGUUU